AUGGGGAAUAAGGGAUGAUGCUGUGCUAGUGUUUUGGAAAAUGAGAGUGGGAGGAAGAGGAAAGUUGAGGAUUUUGUGGAUGUUGGAGGAGAAGAGGAGCAGGAGGUGGGAGAAGAGAGGUUUUGAGUGGAUGAGAGGAGUUUGGUAAUCGCAAAGCACUCUUCACAGUCCUAUAAUAAAGGCUUAGAGAACCAGAAACAGACAAAGGUGAUCAUGGAAGUUCAGAGGAAGCAGAAGAGUAGGUAUAUGGCUACUGGAGGCAUCAGAGUAGCUAAGAAGUCUCAGACUAAGCGUUUUAGUAGGAAUUUUAAGCAUUUCAAGGGAUUCAGGAAAAACAGUUAUGAAAAUAAAUCCCCUGAUGCUGCAUAUAAUCCAUUCAAAAAGGACUUGAAAUCGAUUCCUAGUUUUGACUGCUUGCUUCCACCUGGUUUUGAAAUGGACCAUGUGGUCAAACAGGAGCAAACAUCCUCUGAGGACUCUGAGUUAGAAUCUUAAGCAAGAAAUCGAUAAAUCCGACAUACCUAUGUUCUGGCCUACCAAAAAGGAACAAUCUGAUUGAAUUCCAAUUCUUAAGAACCCUCAGUAUCAGCCUCCUGAUAACAAUAUAAGUCUGGAUAGUGUAACAUCAUUUGGGUUGAUGCGGAAAACAAGUAGCCAAGAACUACUUCCUUCUCUCCCAAAUGCUCAAUUUUCAACACGAUUCAGCAUCAAAGCAAACUGGCUUCUCAUCUGCGAAGAGCAACUAAGCUGAAUUAUGCAGAACUUAGCUUUUCAGAGAAUUAAGGCUAGAAUGUUC